GGUCACGUGUCAGUCCGUCCUUAGAUGACGCUUUAGGUUCUUCCCCUUUUUCUCCUCGCUUUCACUUCGGUCUCCAUUCAUUCGGUGUGGGAACAACCGGCUUUUGUAGGGAGAGAUUAGCAGAAUGGUGGAGAAGGAGGAGGCAGUGAUCAGUGAGGAAGAGGCGGCGCAGUAUGACCGGCAGAUCCGCUUGUGGGGGCUGGAGGCACAGAAGAGGCUGCGCACUUCCAGAGUUCUCUUGGUGGGCAUGCGAGGACUUGGGGCUGAAGUUGCCAAAAACUUAAUCUUGGCUGGAGUGAAGGCAUUAACAUUGCUGGACCAUGAGCAGGUUUCUUCAGAAGAUUCAAGAGCUCAGUUCCUAAUUCCUUCUGGGUCCCUGGGCCAGAAUAGAGCUGAGGCAUCUCUUAAUCGGGCACGGAAUCUCAAUCCAAUGGUAUCAGUAGAAGCAGAUACUGAAAACAUAAAUCAGAAAUCUGAUGAUUUUUUCACACAGUUUGAUGUUGUGUGUCUAACUUCUUGCUCCAGGGACCUCCUAGUAAGAGUGGACCAUAUCUGCCACAAACACAACAUUAAGUUUUUCACUGGAGAUGUGUUUGGGUACCACGGCUACAUGUUUGCUGACCUUGGAGAACAUGAGUUUGUUGAAGAAAAGGCCAAAGUUGCCAAAGUUUCCAAAGCAAAGCAGGAAGUUGAAGAUGGUCCAGAGGCCAAGAAAGCAAAGAUUGAUCCUACAGAGAGCAUUUUGGUAAAAAAGAAAGUACAGUUCUGCCCACUAAAAGAUGCCCUAGAAAUUGACUGGCAUAGUGAAAAGGCAAAGUCUGCUCUGAAGAAGACUCCCACUGACUUCUUCCUUUUGCAAGAUUUGACUGUUUCCGGCAGAAAUCGCUCUAAGAAAAAAUGCGUCAAAGAAUUACACUGUUUUUUUAUACGCCAAGUUUUAAUGAAGUUUCGCACAGACAAGAAACGGGACCCCCAGCCAAGUAAUUACCAGGAAGACUCUGAGCUGCUGCUUCAGAUCUGCAGUGACGUUCUAGACUCCCUUGGUGUUAGCCCAGAUCUCCUGCCUAAAGACUUUGCAAGCUAUUGCUUUUCUGAGAUGGCACCAGUCUGCGCAGUAGUUGGAGGAGUUUUGGGGCAGGAAAUCGUUAAGGCUCUAUCCCAGAGAGAUGCCCCCCACAACAACUUCUUCUUCUUUGAUGGGAGAUCAAGCAAUGGGAUAGUUGACUGUCUGGGUUCCAAAUGAGAAGUGCUUCAGCGUGCAAGACCGAACUGAAGGAGGGGCUAGCAAGUGUUACUGCUGGCUGCUAUACAGGACAAUGACCGCAAGAAUAGUCACACAUACAUGAAGAAAAAAAUAAUCCUGAUUCCCACGUACAUGUAUCUUGUUUCAGUAGACAGAAUUUCUCAUACAGGGAAAACAGAUAAAUUAUUUUGCAACAACAUUGGCAUUAUCCUCGGCUGAUCCUUACCACAGUUAUAUUGAUACCCCUGGUAAUGAAAAAGAUAACCCCGCUUCUUUGUACAGUGACAAAAUAACAUUGGUAACAUGGUUACAUUUUGUAUAUGCUUGCAGGUGUAUGGUAUUGUGUUUUUGCUACUGACCCUAUCGCAGAUCAAAGUUGCCCAAGCAUUUAGCAUUUAUUAAAUUAAUUUAUUGGCUUAAAAGGGCUGAAUUGCAAAAUCAACUUUAGCCAAUCCAUUUGUUUUGUUUCUCUGGCCAAAAGAUUUUAGUAAGCACAAAUGAAAAAUUCUAAAUCUGACAAUUUUUUGAAUAUUCAGAUUCAAAUGGAAUCAGUUUGCACCAGAGCUACAUGCAGAAUGGUUGUGAAACAAAAGGCAGAUGUUGUAUCCGUCUGCUACAUCUGUUAAUUGAUUGGCUGCCAAUUUAUUCCAAAUGCAACUGUAAACUCUCUUCUAUACCUUACUGCAUUUUUUUUUUACAUUUUGUAAUAAAAAAAGAUGUUUCAAACCUCA